AUGAGACAGCACUCCAUAGUUAAUGGUAGGGACAUAAAGCUAAGGCUUAAUGAGAAGUAUAAGAUUCAAGCCAUAUGCAAACAUCCAAGUUGUCCCUGGCUAGUCAAUGCUUCUCAAAUGAGAGGUGAAUCCACCUUUCAAAUCAAGACAAUCAAUGCAGUCCAUGAAUGUAACAGAAAAGAAUGGGUGGCUUAUGCAACUUCCAGAGCAAAGCAAAAGGCAAUAGAGAAGAGUACAGGGUCUAAUAUUGAGCAGUAUGGACUCAUAUGGAGGUAUGCUCAGGAAAUUAAAAAGUCUAGUCCAAGGACCACUGUUAGAAUCAAAGGGAGUUGUGAAACAGAUCAACUGAAGUUCAAAAGAAUUUACAUUUGCUGGGAUGCAUUGAGACAGGGGUUUCUUAAUGGGUGUAGGCCAAUCAUCUUCUUACAUGUCUGUCACUUGAAGUCCAUAUAUGGUGGGAUUCUUCUAUGUGCAGUGGGGAUAGAUGGAAAUAAUGGAAUGUAUCCAUUUGCAUAUCCUGUUGUAGAAAAGGAAAAGAGAGAAAGUUGGUUGUGGUUUAUGAAUUUGCUGAAAGAAAACUUGAAGAUUGAGGAGAGUCAGCACUGGACCAUCAUGAGUGACAAGCAGAAAGGGUUAUUAGAUGCAGUGGAGGAAGUUCUGCCUAACACUGCUAGAGCUUCAAGAGUGGUAGAUUUUGAAGGAGUGAUGAGAGAUUUGGCAUCCAAAGAUAAAGAUGCUUUCAAAUGGCUUGCAAAAAGGCCUGUUGCACAUUCGACUAGAGCUUUUUUCAAUACAAAUUCAAAAUGUGAUGCACUUUUGAACAAUAUGUGUGAAAGCUUUAAUGCAAUGAUUCUAAGGACUAGAAGCCUACCAAUAAUUGAUAUGUUGGAGGCAAUCAGAAAGACCUUGAUGAAGAGGCUACAUGUGAAGAGGGAUAAGAUGGCAAGCCACAAGGGUGACAUUUGUCCUAACAUUCAAAGACAGAUAGAGGAGUGGAAGAAAAAAUCAAUGGAGUUCAUACCUAAUUGGAAUGGUAAGGAUCAGUUUGAAGUUGCGAAUUGCUAUUGUGAUAGAUUUAAGGUGCAUUUGGGAGAUAAAACUUGCAGUUGUAGAAAGUGGCAAAUCUAUGGAAUUCCUUAUGCACAUUCCAUUUUAGGCAUGUACUAUCUGGGGAGAAAACCUGAAGAUUAUGUUGAAGAAUUGUAUAAUAAGAACACUUAUAUGAGAGUGUACAUCCACUUACUUGACACACUUGAAGGAAUUGAAUCUUGGCCUGAAUCUGAAAAUCCACCCUUGCUUCCUCCAGACAUUGUGAAGAUGCCAGGCAGGCCUAAACUGCACAAAAGAAGAAGGCAACCAGGAGAGAUCAAUGGUCCAAAGGACAUCCCACCACCAGUUGCCAAAACAAAAAACCACAAUGCAAGAAGUUGCCCCUUGAAGAAGGCAAGUGGUGCAGUUAAUGAUAAAGGCCAGAAAAAGAAGUCAAACACACAAGCUACUGUUACUCAACAACAAAGCCAAACUGUGACAGAACAACAAAGUCAAACUACAUUUGAACCUCAUAUGGAAGUUCAAACAAGUAAUGCUAUUAACAGAAGGGGGUUCGUGAAAGAAGGUGCUUGCGACAAUACAUCGAAAUGCGAACGAGUCAGGGAAGUUCCCAAGAACCCUGUGACUAUAGAAUUCCAUUAUGGAGAAAAUUUUAUGUGGAAACCUAUGAUCAAAGUAUGUUGGAGGAAUGUUGGAGUUUUAGAGAUUGAAGAUAGAGCCACACUGUCUUAUAUGUACUUUGAGCAGUUGUAUCACUCUCAGUUUGGAAUCAAUGAGAGAUGUUUGAUCUACUAUAGAGUGGCGGGUGAAACUUUAGAUAAAGGUUUGAAAAAAUUGAAGGAGGAUGAGGAUGUAAUUCAGAUGGUUACAACUUAUGAAGGCCUACUUGGUCUGGGGAAUACUAUAUGA